UUUUUUUUUUUUCAAAAAGGAAGAUAGUCGAUCCAAUGGCAAGGUCAGUGGUGGGGUCCUUACCCCUUUUUUCUCGCCCAUACAAUAACAAUGUACUAUUCACACCCCUCCACUUGUCCUUCUCCGCCCGCCACGUCACCUCCUCCGCCGUAACCAUGCCCUCCUUCGAAGUCCUCGGCGGCGCACGUGACCGUUUUCUCCCUGUUCUCCCCCACUUGUCUCGCCCCUAUCAUGCUUUUCCUCUUCUCGCCGCCAACCGCCACAUCGAAACCAUCUUCGCCUCCUUCUUCCGCUCAGUCCCCGACGUCAGGCUCCGCCGCGAGUGCCUCAGGACCCAGGACGGCGGCGCCGUCGCCCUCGACUGGGUCUCCGGCGACGACCGUCGCUUGCCCCCCGAUUCUCCACUCCUCAUCUUGUUGCCAGGUUUAACCGGAGGUAGUGGGGAUGCUUACGUGAGACACAUGUUAGUUAGAGCUCGAAGCAAAGGUUGUCGUGUUGUCGUGUUUAAUAGCCGCGGCUGUGGAGAUAGCCCUGUUACUACUCCUCAGUUCUAUUCGGCUUCAUUUUUGGGAGAUAUGCGUGAGGUUGUUUCCCAUGUCACUGGUAGAUACCCCAAUGCUAAUGUAUAUGCCAUAGGGUGGUCACUUGGGGCCAACAUUCUUGUUCGUUACUUGGGUCAGGAAUCGCACAAUUGUCCACUUUCUGGUGCUGUAUCGUUGUGUAAUCCUUUCAAUUUGGUUGUGGCUGAUGAGGACUUCCGAAAGGGCUUUAACAUUAUUUAUGACAAGGCCCUUUCAAAGGCUCUUCGCAAGAUUUUCAACAAGCAUGUUUUACUCUUUGAAGAUAUUGGUGGUGAAUAUAACAUUCCACUGGCAGCCAAUGCCAAGUCUGUUAGGGAGUUUGAUGAUGCACUGACCCGUGUUUCUUUUGGAUUCAAGUCUGUGGACGAAUACUAUUCUAAUUCAAGCAGUUCAGAUUCCAUAAAACAUGUUAGAACCCCUUUGCUUUGCAUCCAGGCAGCCAAUGAUCCGAUUGCUCCAAAUAGGGGAAUUCCUCGUGAAGAUAUCGAGGAAAAUCCAAACUGCUUGUUAAUAGUGACACCCAAAGGUGGCCAUCUAGGGUGGGUUGCUGGUGAUGAAGCUCCACUGGGAGCUCCUUGGACUGAUCCUUUGGUAAUGGACUUUAUUCAAUAUUUGGAGAGUGAAGCAGUUAAGACUCCAGAAACUAAUAGUAAUCCUGGUAGUAAAGAGACCUUGUACCAUCUUGAAGUAUAAUGUGGCAAUCUGCUUGAUAUUUUUCAUACAUCAAAUGCAUCCUGGAAGCUGGCCAAAAAAAGAUAUCUAUAUAUCCUGCAACAUUCUUUAGCCAAUUCAUAAUCCCUGGAAAUGCUAAUGUGUGGAAGCAACUACACUAUUGUUUGUGCAAGAAGUCCAGCAGGACAAGGUGGAUGCCGUAGCUCGGUGGCCAAUGUCAAUAAUGUUCAAAAUUAUCUUUGAUAUGUCUUGUAGAAAGCAAAAAUAAACAACUAUCAAAUUGGACAAGUACUGUAAUUGUUUUAACUUUCAUAUUAUUCAUAAUUUAUUUUUUAAUUUUAAAUCUUA